UUCCUGGGUACAGGAUCACUUCAGCUCUAUGUUUUUAGAUCAGAUGUGGCUGCUAUUGCUGGUUCUUGCUCACCUAGCCAUUGCUGGCUACCUCCUCCACAGAUUGGUGAGGUUACUGACUGCAGAUGCUGACCUCCAGGUGCUGGGCAGUCGAUUGAAACCAGGUUACUUCAAUGGGAGAGUUGUGUGGAUCACUGGAGCUAGCUCUGGAAUUGGUGAAGAGAUGUGCUACCAGCUCUCAAAACUUGGGGCCAAGCUAAUCCUGACUGCACGAACUCAGCACAAACUAGAGGAGGUCAGGAACAAUCUCUAUAAUCCAGAAAACGCAAGGGUGCUCCCUGUCGACCUUUCUGAUCCCGAGGCCACCAGAGUGUCUGUGGACAAAGCACGUCAGCUGUUUGGACGAGUGGACAUGCUAGUCAACAACGCCGGUGUGUCCACAAGAGCAUUGUUCAGAGAUCUUCAGGAGCAUGUUCAUCGCAAAGUGAUGGAGAUAGAUUUCUUUGCACCGUGGAUACUCACUCACGGGCUCAUUGAAGAAAUGAUAAAGGAUGGUUUUGGUCAUAUUAUCAACAUCUCGUCCAUCUGGGGCAAGGCUGCUCCUAGCAACCGCUCGGCUUAUUCCUCGGCAAAGUUUGGACUUAUCGCUCUAAUGGACUCGAUAAGAUAUGAGAUGCUGGACAGCAAUGUUCAUGUGACCAAUGUGGCUCCCGGUCCAGUGGUGACAGGGGCAGGGGUCAAUGCCCUCAAGGGAGAUGGGUCAAAGUUCGGAGUCUCUGAUAAUCUCAUAGCAACUGGGAUGUCUGUACAAAGGUGUGUGGAGGUGGUCCUAACAGGUGUGUCCAAUCAACAGAAGGAGGUAAAGCAGUUGGUCGUAUCAAGAGUUGGUCGUAUAAUUGUGUGGGUGUCUGAGCAAUGGUGGUUGAUGAUCCCCUACCUCUCCCACUACUGUCCCUCCCUGCUCUCACACUGGCUCUCCAAGAGGGCACGCCGGGAACUGGAGGCAGCAAAGAAAGACAAGUGACUGAUAACUAUCAUAGCGUUUGUAUAAUAUUAUCCUAUUUUGCGUUAAUUACAUGCACAUUAUGAAUUCCACUACAAAUUAAUUUUAUUGUAGAAAUCAGUUAUAAGUGAAUAGAUGUGUGAUUAAUGGAA